GCCCCGCUCCCGGCACCCACCGUGCGGGCGGGCCGGCUGAGCGGAGGGCGCGCAGCCGGCGGCGCAGGAAAUAAACGGCUUCUAAUGCGAGGAGCACGAUGAAAUUCGGUUGCCUUUCUUUCCGACAGCCCUACGCAGGGUUGCUUCUAAACCAAGUCAAAACUGUAGAGACUCGCUGGCGUCCUUUGCUAGCACGCUACAAGAACUGCACCAUUGCUAUUCAUAUAGCUGUUAGGGACUGGGAAGAUGAAACGUGGAGAGAAAUUCUUCUGAAUAGGUUCGGCAUGACACCGAAACAACUGCAAGAUUUGUUGGAUGAAGGGGAAAAAUUUGGCAGAGGAGUUAUUGCAGGAUUAAUUGAUGUUGGAGAGACAUCACCAUAUCCAAAUAACCUGUCUCCUGAAGAGAUUCUGGAGCUGGAAAAGAAAGCUGUCCUCAGUAAUCUAGAACAGAAAUACUUGACCGUUGUUUCAAAUCCCAGAUGGCUCCUGGAACCAAUUCAUGCCAGAGGGAGAAAAGGGGUGUGGGAGGUGGACAUCCCUGAAGAACUGAUCCCUUCAGAAUUGUAGCUGUUGCCCCUUACUAUUAUCUUUUCCUGCCUAAAUGCAGACUUGUAUUUAAGGUGCUGACUUUUGCAUUACGUCAGCAUUUUGUCUAGGAUUCUAUUCCAAAACUAUUUGAAAUGGCAAAUACAUUUUUGAGGCAAAACAAACAAGAUGUGUCUUUAUUACAUGAAAUUGUUUUUCUAGACUUUUCCUCUAUAAACAACUAAGUAAAUGCCAUUUUUAAAGAUACAGUUAUGCACUGUGCCAAUUUAAAUGUAAAUUAAAAUUAUUUUUUGAUACCUGCAUCUCAGAUUAUAGGAAAAUGGUACUUAAAAGCAGGCUGCCACAAGUUGUAGGACAUCUGUCCCAGACCACUCCUUGUCCUGCUUCAAGGAUAGAUUUUUUCAUUCACAUUUUAGGCACACAAGAUGUGCAUAUGAUGAAUACAGCUCUGUGACCUGACAGACAUUGGAGAAAGGCCAGUUUUGAGAAGGUGCUUGUGCAAAAUGAAACUGAGCAAGUAUGAAAUUUUUUUUCCUCUUAUUUAAGAUGAAAAAUACUAGUUGUCUUUGAAAAUAUAAUACUGAAUUCAAAAUAAGUGUGAAGAAUUACAAAUAAUAACCACUAAGCUUUGGCACUCCCAAGAUUUUUCAAAAUUCACACCCUACAUUAGUGAAAACCCUUUUGAUUUUCUGGAGCAAGGCCACACCUAGGCAUGGCUCUAAAAACAGAACAGGACAAGUGGCAGAGUCUUAGUAUUCAGACGCUUUACUGGAGCACUUGGGAACCUGUUCCCUUGGAUUACAGCACUUCUGCCAGAGCUGUUGCCCAGGGCUAGUGCCUGUAGUCCAGGGUCUGAACCCCUCGUGGAGCUGGGCUGUGACCUGGAGACAGAGCGAGCUGCUGCCAGCACAGCUGCAGGGGUUGAAGUGACUGCAGAGCAGGGCUGGGUGAAGUUCCCUGAGCAGCUCCCUGGCCCCAGCCAGCCCCUACUGUGCCUCACUGAAGUGAAAGUGCAAAGGCUGCAGCUCCUCGUGUUUGUCUGAGCUGCAGCAGAUGGAGCUCUACAGGCACCACUGCCUGAGGACCUGCCUUGGCACUGUGCUUGGCAGCUCAGGCUUUCCCCAGUGCAGAGCUGUGCCUCUUCUCCCUUGCCCCUGCUGUCCUCUCCUCCAGGAAUGUGGUUUCUCAUAGUACCUCAGCCUCUGGUUUUCUUCAUGGCAGUGUGCAGGCAAAUUGAUGUCCAGUAACAAUCCUGCAGCUGGUCCACAGGCAAGAAAGGGGAGCUCUGAAGCAUCAGAAAUGGAAGUUCUGCAUCCAAGUUUUUCAGGCAUACACCUUGAACACAUGCAGAAAUAUCCACACACUCCCUGUUCUUCCUGCCAUCUAACACUAAAGAAAUGAGACCCAUGGUAUUUAACUUAUCUAUCUAAACAUUGGUUACCUAAACACAGAGAGCAGCUGCAAGGAUGUGGGAAUAUGAGACAUGUGGUUUUAUAAACUACAGGACUACACAUUUUGUAGACUCCAUUUCUCCAAAGCACCUGUAAGUCCAAGGCACACUGUCAAAGCAGGUCUUUCUUUUGACAAGAAAAUGUUUUGCCAACACCAAUGAGAUUCUAUCUUGAAAAGUUUAAUCAUUUACACUGACCAACACAAAGUUGGUAACAAAGACCAAGCUAUGAUAUUUAUACCAGCUAACCAAUAGACCAAUAGCUGUGAAACCUACCACAAAUGUUUCUGGCAUAGACCACACAAUGUGAGAAACAGCUUAAUAAACAGCCAGUCUAACGGGAGAAUGGUACAUGCUGCUCAAGAAGAAUCAAAACAUGAAACUGGAAAAGCAACAAAAACAACAUGUAACUCCCAAGCCAG